GGGCUUGCACAGCUUGUACUUGCUAAACACCAAAACUGGUGCUUUACGCCUCAGGGUGGUUUAAUGGUAUUGUGACACUAAGACACUAAACAGACAAAACGAAAGACCUAGAAAGGCUUCUGUGCACGCACGUGAUGAACAAAAUAAUUCAGAAACGCAACCGCCUCUCAUAAGAUAUUGUUCCUCACAAAUGAUCGAACUAUCCAACCAUUUUCCCGCCAGCUGUCUCAAUGUCUUUGUACAAAAAGUUGUUCUGCGGGUUCAGACCUUUCAAUCACAAACUGGGGCCGCCAGGCACAUGUUUAGUGCUUUGUGUAUUCUUUGCUGGUUCCUACCUUAAAUUCUGUUGUUUUCGUAGCUUUAAUAUUUACGUCUACAACCCUCUUUACGAUAUAUCUUCCACAGUGCUUAUAGUAUUGAUUUGUGAAACCUGAUGUGUAAAGGACCUCUUAACCAAAACAAAUAUUGAAAACGGAACACGCAACUUAUUUCUAAGCCAAAUCGGCCCACAGCAUGACGUUAUUUCAAAACAAAGGAUUGCGCUGAGAGCUGUCUUUACCUGUCUGGUAGUAUCACCUGGAAUUCGGAAACUCUCUCAACCAUGCACGUUCUAAUGUUGACACCACAACCACAAGGAAUCGUACAUGUAUAGGUGGAUAUCUCUCAGUUUUGGUGAGCUACGAACUCUGAGAAUUUUGCAGAAAUCGUCGAACGAAACCUGGAGUACUUGGAAGCUAAGUCCUGCCGACGAGAGCAAGACAGUUACCCGAUCGUGUACGAUUUUGUACGACUCUCCCAUGGCAGACGACAGUAAGGUAAACAGGUACUCUAAACAUUCCUUAGGACGAGAUAUUUCCCACGACCAAAUCCAGGCGUUGUUACCCAAUGAGGAAGAGGACUGCGAGGGGAAAACCGGCACCCCUACCGAGGAGACAUCCAACAGACCUUCGGGGCAAGGCGCAAGCACCGCCGAGGACGUUAAAACGGCGCCCGAUGUCAGUCAGUCUAUUGGAAACGCCACUGUUUCUGUGAAUAUUCCAACAGAACAGAUCAAGUUCCAUCCGCCAGUACAGCUUCCCGAUGUAGACCAUGUCGACCACCCGAAAGGGAAAUCCAAGUUUGUUUUCUUCAAGAGGAUUCCGGCUGGCCCACCCAGAGUUAAGCCGCCGAUUCAGAUGAACGCAUUCGCACAGAAGAAGACCCUGGCGCAGGGGCUCAUGGACAUCGCGCUUCUCACCGCUAACGCCUCUCAAAUGAAACUGGUUUUAACUGAGGGUCCGGACAGAGUGUUGUUCUACCAUUUCCUGGUGACGAUGUUGUCCCUGUCGGUGAUCUGUCAGUGUUUCGUCGGCUUCUUGCUCCUGUACAAGUCACGUCUCAACAUAGAGGACGAGCACGAACAGCAUGCAGCAGACACAGCCAACAACUGGGCCACCGCCCUGGUGAUGGUCAUCACGAUCAUCAACGUGUUUAUCUCCUCGUUCGGCAUCAAGCUGCAGGAACCGCAGGCCACAACAGCGCCAGCUGCAGCGGCGCCUCACAGCGGAUCGGAUAAGACAUGACAGCUACUGGUUGCAGGACAAUACAGACUUUUAUCUCCAUGUAUCAUCCGAGUAGAGGUUGGUGGGGGAAAAUCGUGACUUUUUCCUUUCAUCCCUUUUUUUUCAAUGUGGGAAGGCUGAUCGAAAAAAAAACGAAGAAAGGAAAUGGUCAUGAUUUUUCCCACCAACCUCUACUUGGAGAGUAACUUUUAUCUACUCUCCAAGCAGAGGUUAGGGCUGUUUUUGGAGCCUAGCCGUUUUUAUCAGCCAUUCUAUUUUGUACCAUUUUCUAUAUGUCUGGCGGCCUAACAACGUAAAGGAAACUGUACAAAAUAGAAAGCCCGAUAAAACGUCUCAAAGAACGUAAAAAAACAGCCAGAGCCUAACCUCUACUAGUAGAGUAACUUUUACCAGGCAUUGCUUUACAUUUGAGAAGCUCCGAAGAGGUUCACCCAUCAUUUGAGAAAAUGGAAAUGAACAUUUUACCACAAAUCUGCAAUAAAUAAUUCUUCGAAAUAAGUGUGAUGUUUACAAUUCUUUAUGAAGCAGUACAUAUAACUGUAUAUUGCAUUAGAAGGCAGAACUAGAACUGAAAGCCAGUAUGAAUGAUUCAAUGUGGUUUGAUUUCUUUUUGUAAUGUAAUGUUUGUUAUGUCAUUAUGUCAGAAACAGGCAGCUUUUUCCUUUCACAAUAAUAUUAAGUCAUGGUUGAUUAAACUUGAUAACUAUUUUCUCACUUCACUCAAAUAAUGACAUUGUUUUACUUCAGCUUCUCUCUAUGAUAUCUAGACUUAUAGUAAAUUGCCGUUGCUCAUUUGAUCAACUCAGUGUGCAUGUUUAUCUGAAUCUGUGUAUAUGUCAUUGUAUGUGUGUUAAUGUCUGUGCCUGUACGUCUGUAUGUACAUGUAUCUGCGUAUGUCUUUAUGUGCUUGUGUAUGUCCCUGUAUCUGUGUGUUUCCAUAUCUGUGUCUGAGUGUAUAAGUGUCUAUGUCUGUACAUGUAUGUGUGUUAACCUGUGUAUGUGAAUGCCUGCGCAUGUGACUAGAGAAAUCUUGAGUUUAGAAGUUACAAUCACACAGACAUCCACAAGAAAUCGGACAACCAAAAUAUCAUGCAUUACAACACAUGUAAAUGGUUUCAAUUUGGGAACAUUCUUUAAUAUAAGACAUCACAGGACGUAGCAAUGUCCAAUCUUCUCUUGAAAAACAUAGACAUCUAUCUUUCUGAAAAUGCUGCUGACAAAACAAUCAAGUACAGUACCUUUAAGAUACUUCCCAAAGAAGAAAUGAGCAAACUUUGUUACUCAAAAAAGUCAACCACUACUAAGAAAACUAAAAUCUUUUCAUCUCCAAGUGCCUUCAAUAGGAAGAUAUCACACUUCCCUCUUGUUAGUGUUCUAUCUUCAGAAAAUAUGCAUCACUCCAAAAUUAGGGAAAGCAGUAUCCUUUAGCCUGCUAACCUUGUCAUUUGUACUGGUUAUGGGUUAGGAAACAGGCGAUUACAAUGCUUGCCUGUAGAUGAAU